AUGAACUUUAACGAUAUGACUGUUGCCAAGGUCAGAUUUGUGGUUCACACCAUGGGUAAAAGCAGAAACCAUUGGUCAAUAUACCUGAUUCUCCAGGGUGAAACAUCAUAUGUUCGCUUGAACAUGUCUCUUGCAAAUGGUGGCGAUGAAAAUGGGACUUUCAGCGCGACAUUGCACCCCUAUGCCCUAUCAGACUCAAGGCUUACAUACUUUGAUUAUCAUACUUGCGCCAAUCCCAAAGUUCUGGAAAUGGCUGUCGUUAUUGAGUGUAUGGGAACGGUCUUCUUGGAUAUGACGAGUCAAGGAUAUAUUCCGCUCUCCGAUAAUGAGAGGAACGGGUUCAUGCAACGCAUGCAAAAUCGAUACCAUAGAAACGCCCAAGGACACAUUGUGCAGCUCCCAGAUCCAAUGGAAAUUGGUGAAUUUUACUAG